AAAGAUGUGCAGCUGUACUACCAUCCUGACCUUCUGCAUGGCCCUGGUAAGCCUGACUGCAGCUUUACAAGCCUGUACCUCCCCGGAUGGACCAGGAGUCUGCAGCUGUAGCGGUACAAGGGUUAACUGUGAUAACAAAAACCUAGAUUCAAUCCCUGAUAACAUUCCAUCAUCUACAACAUAUCUAACACUUCGCCACAAUAAGAUAGGGGCAAUUGAAAAUACAAAGCUUCAACACCUACCAAAUCUAACAAGGCUUAAUAUUGAUAACAAUGAGAUAACAAUAAUCCUAUCACAGAUAUUUGUUGGAUUACAGAAUCUCCGAGAGUUAUACCUUCAUAACAAUAGUAUUAGUGUCGUAGAGCCAGGGAGUUUCCAACACUUGGUGGAGCUUACAGUUCUUUACCUUCAUUAUAACAGACUAACAUCCUUACCUAGUGAUGCUUUUGUCAACUUGAACAAACUUAGAACAUUAUCUAUUUCUCAUAACCAGAUUUCAACACUAAACAAUCAUACGUUUGCAGGGUUGUACCAACUCUCAUACCUUGGUACUUCUCAUAACGAAAUACGAUCUCUUGACGAUGGCAUAUUUGCCGGCUUAAACCAGCUCUCAUACCUCGAUAUUUCUUUUAAUUUCAUUGCUGUGAUCCCCUCCUCUGUGGCUAGCUUGAAAAGUCUCAGAUACUUUAAUAUGUCAUAUAAUGAGGUAGCAACUAUUCAGCCAAACAUGUUCUCUAGUCGCUUCUUUGAAACUUUGGAUUUAUCACAUAAUAAUAUCACUUGGGUACGUGAUUGGACAUUUUCCAACAUUACUUUUGAUAUUGGAUUUACACUUAAACUAAAAGGGAACCAUAUAAAACAGCUGGGCAAGUACAGCUUCUAUAACAUUAGUUCUAAAUAUGACCAUAUGGCAUAUAAUCAUGCCGACAUAGAUUUGUCUGAUACGCAGCUGGAAAGGAUUCACGAAGAGGCAUUCACAUACACGCUCAGAAAUGUACACUUUGGUUCUUUCAAAUUCCAAGACAAUAACUUAGAAACUAUUCCGUCCACUCUAUGUGAUUUCAGUACUUACCCCUAUGAUUUUCGUUUCAAUCUGUCUAACAAUCAUUGGUCUUGUGACUGCCGGAUGAGGGAAAUCCUAAACUGCCCAAACUUAGGAGAUGAAAUCAUCUGCCGAUUGCCUCCUGUAUUGAACGACAUCAGGCUUUCCGACCUUACCCUAAGCAACCUGGCUUGCUCUAGCCCCAUCAUUCACAACAUCAGUCCAUCUCUAAUAGGGGAGACUUUGACCGUGAACUGCCAUGCUACAGGCUCGAACCGACCCGCAAUAACAUGGUCAUGGACACCUGUUCAACCUAACGGACUACCAAUAGUCAGAUCACAUGACGAGGUCAGUACAACAACCCUGGGCUACAACAGUGUUGAAUCCAGACUGACAAUUAACCGUAGACAGAUUAGUGACCAGGGCCAUUACACAUGUCAUGCAUCAAACGUUGUCGGGGAUGAUAGGAAAACCUUAUCCCUCUUUGUAAUUCCUGCUGAAACGGAUGCAGUCCCAUCAACGACAAAUAUACCAUCAGUGUGCAUUCCAUCACACGCCACGGAAACUGUCCCGUCAAUGACAGGACCAUCCACAUUGUCCAUUCCUCUAUCUGCCACUGUGACAGAAACUGUCCCGUCAAUUACAGAGCCAUCCACAUUGCCCAUUCCUAUAUCUGCCACAGAAACUGUCCCGUCAACUACAGAGCCAUCCACAUUGGCCAUUCCCUCAUCAGCCACAGAAACUGUCCCAUCAACUACAGGGCCAUCCACAUUGUCCAUUCCCUCAUAUGCCACAGAAGCUGUCCCGUUAACAACAGGGACAGUCGCAGGGCUAUCACCGUCUACUAACGCGGUAGCCCCUGGUCAUGAGGAGAAUGUUGCACACAGCUCUGCAACACUAAUUGUUGCAACCGUUGGGUCCUUCAUUGGUGGUGUAAUACUAUGUAUCAUUGUCGCUAUGAUUGUGUACAUCAAAAGACGGGCUAACAGAAGUUUGGCUAACAAAUCCUCACCCCAAGACGCAACGGUUGCCACGGCACAAAGACGGCGAGGAGUUGACAAUGCUAAUCUAGGAUUUGAAGACGAUGACGGUGAAUACGAAGAUGUCAAUCUUUACGAGCUAAGAGCCAAUGUGUAUCAGAACCAAACCUUACAAAGGGAAGGCCCUGGCGACCAAGAUGAUGUGGGUAGGGACGGACGUAUUUACGACCAAAUACCACAACAGGGACUUGGAACUGCAGCAGAUCCGGGGGAAAGUGAGAACCAUCUGUACCAGGAUCUCCUUGAGGAACGAGACCACAUCUACACAUCUCUGCAGAGGGAAGGGCAAAGAAGUGAACCGCACCGCCCUGUUCAUUAG